AUGGAAGAAUGCGGCAAUGUUGAGGUGAGUGCUCUGCAGACCGUCGGGGCGCUUCCUGGGCAGUGCACCUCGAGGAACGCAAGCCAUGUUCAGCUUUUUCAAGAGACGUCCGAACAUCGUGUGCAGCGGGUCAUCCACCGCCUGCACGAGUAUUCAAUCAUUUGCGUCUAUGUGACCUUCUACGCAGUGUCGGUGGCCUUGAUGAUCUACUUCAUGGCCAAUCCGCCGAACCACCUUUACCAGGAGGUGGAAUACCGGGCACCUCGCUGCAAGACGGUCUCGACUGUGGAUGUGGAGGAGAAAACCUGGCAAGAGAGCUGGCUCGGGUGGUUGGCCGUCUCGUGGGCCAGCCCAUGGGUUGCGAAAUGGGGGCAUUCCCAGGACGCGGCCCUGACGAAGAUCAAACCCGGAGAUCUUCCCCAAGUCGGAGGUAGGGCGAUGCAGGCCAAAGAAUGCAGCGACAUUUUUGAGAAGAUGUGGAAUGAGGAAGUUGAGACAAUGGGGGAGCUACAUGCUUCACUGGCACGUGUCAUUAUCCGAAUCUACACCAUAAAGACGAUGCUUUGCCUGAUGUUAGUUCUGGCAUUGCAAAUCAUCGUCUCGCAAGCCUACUCUGUCUACCUUGUGCAGAAGGCCUUGAGCUACUUCCACUGGGUGCAGGUGUACCACGAGGAGCAUGGAGUUUUACCCGACUUGCGAGAGCCGCUGUUGAUCGCCAUCGUCGUCUUCUCUGCGCUGCCUUUGAGCAACAUCGUGCUAAGCUCGAUCAACAACCACAUCUCCUGCCGGCUGGAUCAGCGGCUCUGCGGCGGGCUGUCCCUUGCUCUCUUCCGAAAGGCCCAAAGGCUUCCUUCCGCAAAGCUCCAGGUCGAUCAGGAGAAGGACGAAGAGACAGCCAAGAACUCAGGUGCCCUUAUCCACAUGAUGCAAGCAGAUCUUAUGACCUUGGUCAACUACGACGUGAACACAAAUCUGCAAGGCUUCUACGUUCAGCUCUGCAUGUGCGUGAACUCCACGAUCUCGGUGAUCGUGCUGUUACUCCUGUUGUGGAAUCGGCUCGGUUUAGCAACUCUCUGUGCCGCUGCGGUGGCCGUGCCGGUGGUGUGGCUGUCUUUGUGGAUGAGUGCUGGUUUGGGCCAUGCUUCCUUCAAGAUGCAGGAAUGCAUGGACAAGCGCGUGUCGCUGUUGCGGGAGGUGCUCUUUGGCAUUCGGACGGUGAAGUGCUACGCCUGGGAGGAUGCCAUGUUCAAUCGCAUCUCGAAUUCUAGAAGAGAGGAAGUCAGGAGCCUGACGAGAUACUACGGCUACCUGGGUGUCUUCGUGGGUCUCUUCCUGAGUUUCCCGCGCCUCCUGAUCCUUUCCGGCGUCUGGGGCUACUCCGCGAUUUAUGGGCACCAUGAUGUAGCGACCAUCUUCACGUGCAUGCAGAUCCUGUCCAAUCUGAAGAGCAACUGCGACCUCUUCACAAAGUCAUUGGGCCGGGCCAUCGUUAUCGGCCCAAGCAUCCGGCGGAUCGAGCAGUUCCUGAAGAUGACAGAAGCUCCUGUACUGCCUCCGGAGAAGACUCCGGAUUGGGUCAGUCUCUGGCCCAGCCGGAGCCUCCCCGACACAGACCGUCCAAUGCUGUCCAGCGGACCGACGGUUCCUUCCAGUCUGGUGGUGCGUGGUAGCUUCCGCUGGGCGCAGGACGCCCCAUCGGUGCUGCACGACCUCGACCUUGAGAUCAAUCGUGGUGAGCUCCUCGCAGUUCUUGGUGCAGUGGGCUCGGGAAAGAGCACCCUUUUGCAGGCGAUCCUAGGUGAGCUUUACCCACAGGAUGGCCAGAGAGCUCGUAUUAGUCGGCCCGACACUGUGGCUUACUGCUCUCAGAUCCCGCACAUUGCAGAGGGCACCUUGCGCGAGAACGUGAUCUUUGGCCAAGAGAUAUCCGAGGAGCGCUACAGCUCUGCGAUUCGAGCAGCCGCUCUCGAAGGAGACCUCAAGCUUUUCCCCGGCGGAGAUCGUGUCCCCAUCGGAAGCCGCGGGGUAGCGCUCUCCGGCGGCCAGCGGGCUCGCAUCUCCAUGGCCCGAGCAGCCUACCAUCAGCACUCAGAGCUGGUCCUACUAGACGACCCCUUCGGAGCCGUCGAUGCCCCGACAGCCAUGCUCUUGCUGGACAGGUUGCUGUUGGGACCCCUCCUUCAAUCCAAGACUCGUGUCGUCGUUCUGCAGCCUGACUCGGAGCGGAUCAAGAAGUUCGAUCGUGUGGUUGUGCUCUCGGGUGGUCGCAUUGUGGAGAUGGGCGAACCAAGUCAGGUGAUGGAGACCAAGGCCUACAAGGACCUCCUCCAGACGGCAGCGGCCGAUGCAGGUCAGGUGUUUGACGAUGGAUCACCCGACUCCUCCGGAAAGGAAGAGUCCAAGGUCGCUCAUCAUAAGCCGACCACCAUCUACACCGCCGGCAGCUUGCGUGAGGAGGAAGCCCAAGGCCGGCCCACCUGGGAGAUGGUGAAGCACUACUGCCGGGUGGGCCGAUGGAGGAACAUCCUGAACACAUGCCUGGUGUUCUUCAUGCAGAUCUAUUUGUACCUGCUUUGCGAUCUGGUCCUAGCUCACUGGACGAACACCAUGGCCGUUCAUCCAGAGAUCGAUGACAGGCCCUACUUGACAGGGUACCUCUUUUGGCUCGCAGCGGGGACUUUCUUUUGGGUGAUCUGCUGGCAUUUUGGCCAGCAGUUUACUCUCCGCAUCUCAUCUCAAAUACACGGGGACGUGCUCAAGCGCAUCCUCAAAGCACCCAUCGACCGCUUCUUCGACAAGCACCCUGUGGGCCGGAUCAUGAAUCGGAUGUCAGCCGACUUGGUGGUCGUAGACCUGUACCUGUACAUGAAGGCCACUGGGACAAUUGCCAUUGUGUACCAGACCUUGAUUCCUUUGAUCUACGUGCACACCAUCCUCCCUCUCAUGGUGACUUUCCUUGCUAUCCCCUUCUACUACCUGAUUUGGACUCUUUGCCUGAGAUACUGGAACACCACAGUGCCCUUGCGGUACUGCAUGUCCACUGCACGGUCCGACGUGAACAGCUUGAUCUCCGAUGUCAUGAGCAACAAUGUGGUGAUCCGUGCGUAUCGCGACCAGGAGAGAAUCUCCCUGGAGAUGUGUGAUGCUAUGGACAAUCAGCUGAAAGCGGGUCUCUUGGGAGACCGAGUGCUGAGGCGAUGGCUGGUGAAUCGCGUAAUCUUUCUUUGGAGUUUCUAUACCACCUCCAUGUACAUCGUUGGCCUGCUUAAUGCUGAGUCGAUCGGUGCUGGCACCCUCGGACUUUGUCUCACGAACCUUUUGCUGCUCGAAAGCCUGAUUGAGGUGAAUCUGGAGGCAGCGACUGGGGCACAGUUUGAGUUCAUUGCUCUUUCCCGGAUCCAUGAGUAUUUGAACAUCCCGCAGGAGAAGGAAAUGAGGACCGUGGGGGACAGCCGCUACCGAUCUUUCACAGCUCGGCUACCCGCAAAGGCCGUCGGUUCUCUCCGGUGGAAGGAGACGGAGAAAGGUGUGGAAGUGUCUCGGGCCGGGAAGGUGCUGCUGCAGUCAACAGCCGAUGGCUCUUCUUUGAUGCCUGCUUCCGAAUGCAUCGCAGGGAAAGGCACUACAGCCCAGUUGAAAGACCUGUGCACCGGCUGCGUCGAAUUGGAACAGGCAGAGUCCUGGCACCGCAUCGUCGUGGUCAAUGAUGUCGUCCGUGAUGCCCGGAAGAUGGCGGAAGAGCUGUGCAAGCACAAGGUCACUGCUGUCAGCUUCUCCGGCGCUCAACAGGUCCUCAUUGGUGUCCAGAGCGGUUGGCUAUAUGAGGGGGCCCGGAUCAAUGUUGAGAAUCUCAAGGCUGGCUACGCGGACGCAGCGCGGGAUGUGCUGAAGGGCAUCAACCUCACUUUCGAAGCCAGGUCCAAGGUAGGCAUCGUGGGCACCACUGGAUGUGGUAAGUCCAGCUUCCUCUUGGUUCUGCUGCGAGUGCUAGAGCCCCGAGCUGGAAGGGUUCUCAUCAACGGAGUGGACACUCGUGAUAUCGGAUUGGCGACCCUGCGAUCGGCCAUGGGGCUGGUUCCUCAAGAUCCGGUGUCCCGGCAGAAAUACUGA